GUAGGCCCUCAGGGGCAAACUUGUAAUCUCAAGUGUAUGGUUGAGAGUCAUUUAAGCCGACCUAGAUCCUGUAAGCAGGGACAAGUUCAAUAGAGAAAAAUACUUUUCACUCACUUUGCUUUUGAGCUCACUCUCAGGAUAGGCGGGAAACUAUACUUCCCCGUCUAUCCCCAAAUUUGUCCGUACCCUAAGGUCACGAUACCGUUCGAACGAGAUAUCGUCCCGUAGUAUUCUUGUAAAUCAAUUUCUUGCAAUUUGUUUAGAAUUCCCCAGGAAAUCACAACAUCAUAAAAAAAAGAAAAAAACAAUUCUAAAAGGUUAAUAAAUGCAGAGCUUUUCAUCCUUUUGUCGGAGUUUGGGGGCAAUGCGCCAAGCCGCCAACACCAUGCUGCCCUCCCACUCUCCAGCUGCUACCCAUCAGCUACCCACCUCCCCUCGCCGCAGCACGCGCCCCGCGCCGCCACCACCAUGCCCAUGCCCGCGCGCCGGCGCAGCCCCGGCGGCCGAGUCUCUCCUCCCUGGAUGCCUUCGGGCGGAGUCGCUGCCCCGGCACGUGGCGGUGGUGAUGGACGGGAACGCGCGGUGGGCGCGGGCGCGGGGGCUCCCGUCGGCGGCCGGGCACGAGGCCGGGCGGCGCGCGCUGGAGGAGACGGUGCGUCUCUCCCGCGCCUGGGGCAUCCGCGCGCUCACUGCCUUCGCCUUCUCCAACGAGAACUGGAGCCGCCCCAAGGUGGAGGUGGACUUCUUGAUGAGGCUGUUCGAGCGGGUGAUCCACGAUAGCGUCGCCGAGUUUCUGAGGGAAGGAAUUCGGCUACGUGUAAUCGGUGACAGCUCAAGGCUACCGGUUUCUCUACAGAAGAUUGCGAGAGAAGCCGAGGAGACCACGAGGAACAAUUCACAGCUUGAUCUGACACUGGCAAUCAGCUACAGCGGGAGGAGGGACAUCGUGCAGGCGUGCCGGAAGCUUGCCCAGAAGGUGCAGAGCAAGGCGCUCGCGGCGGAGGACAUCGACGAGGCGCUGUUCGCCGACGAGCUCGAGACGAGCUGCGCGGCCGACGAGUUCCCGUACCCCGACCUUCUCAUCAGGACCAGCGGCGAGCUGAGGCUGAGCAACUUCUUGCUGUGGCAGUCAGCGUACUCGGAGCUCUUCUUCACCAACACGCUGUGGCCUGAUUUCGGGGAGGCUGAUUACCUCGAAGCGCUUUGCUCCUUCCAGAGCAGAGACAGGCGAUUUGGUGUAAGAAAAUUGUAGCACAAACAUACAAAAGUUGAAGCAUGAAAGGAAUGUUGAUCAAGAAGCAUAGGACAUCACAUUUUUCAUGUUAGUUCAAUACUUCAAUUAUCCAUGUUAAAGGCAAGUCUGAACAUACAGUACAAGAAGAGCCAAAAAUAUGUAGAAAAGCAAUUCAGCAAGUGAAAACACCAUGACAACUAGGCAUACUGAGUAGAAAAAUGUUGCUAUGAAAUUGCAAGAUGAGGAGCACAAACACGAAUGUCAUGUAUAUGGCAUUUGAUUCACAGAACCACAAACAAACAGGUUUAUACAAGGAACAUAUGAAGAGUAUAAUGUAUUCGAUUUAUUAGAACCACAAACUAGAUAGCAGUGAAUCAUUCAUUGUGUACUCGACGGAGUAGUACUAGUAUUAACGGCCAAGUAACAUGAGAUUGGCCAACUUAUUUGGUUUCAGUUCCUUUUUCUCACAUAUUCCUGCAUCUUCUUUUUUCACUACACUUUCUGAUCAUAAUAUUUGAUUAGUACUGGAGACCAUUUAUUCACCGGUUAUACAAACUAUAAAAAUAAAAAUAAUCUAAUGCCAACUACAAGUGAUUUUUCGUUAAUUUUGAACGAAUUUUAGCAAAAUUUCAAUGAACUCCAAUAAACUUUGAAUAAAACCAUUCGAGAUGCGCAUUUUGAGCCGGCUCUAGAUGCUCAAAUUUCGCCGAGAUUUUGAACCCUAGAGUGCAUACAACUCUAUAAUUCUUGUUUAUUCAUUGUCCUUUGCAUCUUCUUCACACUUUAAGCAUAUCAUGUCCUUGUAUUGCUCCAUUAUGAUCAAUGGCAGGAUCGAUGGCAUGAUAAAUGCUGGUACCAUUGUUGCGGUCUCUGUAGUACUAGCACAUAAAUCAUGUAAAAGAGGUAGAGGGUGUCCAGUUCAGGUGAGUGAAUAAGUACUAAUGUGUUCACGGGUUGUGCUUGUCUAGUUGUCUAUGUAACCGUAAUUUUUUUUUAUAGAAGUUGGGGUACGAAGAUAUAAUCAUCAGUACCCCAUGCCUGAUUACAGCUCA